AUGGCUACACUCGUACGAUACUCGAAUGACGCUGUGGCCAAAUCCGAUGCAGCAAAAGGGUUUCCCUGGGAAGCCCCUAUACCAGCAAAUCGCUUCUGGAAUAGCUUCAAGUACUGUAUUGUGCGCAGCAUUUUAAUCAACUUUCCAGACGAAGAAGAGUUGAAGCAACUACCUGUUGAUCCGAAUAGCACCGCUGACGAGCCGACGAAGCUUCACUUUCUCCUUCAUCUGCUACGCGAUAAACUAGCCAGAGAAGAGCGGGCUACUUCCCCUCCAGGGUCACUCAAUACGCAGAAUUACACGCAAUGGAACCAGUUAAUGCAGGGUAUCUAUGUGAUAGAAAACGAGCUCGAUUUGCCUGAAGCCGAGCAAACUGUUCGCACUCUUGUAGAAAGGCGGCCGGAAACAUCGAAUGUUGUGCCGCCUCACAUGCUCUCCGAGUACCUUGUCAAGCAUGGGAAGUAUGAGGAAGCCGAGAAAACUGCAAGGCCAGUUCUGGCGUGGAUGGAUGCACGACCGCAUCUAGGAAAGUCAUCCCCACAAGCCCUUAACUCUCGCAGGAUCAUUGCAAGAGCCUUGUGGUUCCAGGGACCUUCGAGACGUACAGAAGCAAUUUCUCUGUUAACAGAAAUUCAUGAAUUAGUCGAAGGAAUGGGCGGGGACAAGUUUGAAGUUUAUCAAGAGGAGGAGAGGCAAUUCAACGAAGAGCUGAUAGCUGAGCUUCAGAGGAAAACAUGA